AUGAAACCCCGUCGGAGCCACUCAAGCGGCGACGUCGAGGAGCACGAGCACGCAAAUGGUGUCGAACAUUAUCAUGGAGCUCCGCCUAAGGAUGUCAAUCCUGUCGGACCCAGUCGAGGCGACCCAGCAUAUGGCAAAUAUGAUACCAAACUCACUGGCUUCCGUAAGGCAUUGCGGGAAUCAAAGCGACCACUGCCCGUACUCUUUGGUGAUGGAUCGUACCCCGCCGACAAGACGCGUCCAACUGGGAUGCAAAAUGUCAAGCCGCUGACUAUUCAAGACUUCAAGACGAUCAUGCAGAUUAUCAAGAACAAGCUUCAGGUCGAGAAAGUCAACGACGACAAAACCAUGAUCAUGGAGCGCACCAUUCAGGUCGUUGCUAAGCUUCCCCACAAGUCUCGACUCCGCGACAUGUUGACAAAUUCCUUCAUCGAGGAGUUAUGGGGAUCACUUGAACAUCCGCCGCUACUGUACUUGGAUACCAAGGAGCUGAAAUUGAAGUACCGUCAAGCUGACGGCUCGUACAAUAACCCUUUGAUGCCAAAACUGGGCGCAGCGUGCCAGCCCUACGCCAGAUCUGUUAAACCCAGACUCGUCACCUUGGGUGCCAUGCCCGAUCCCGGCUUAGUGUUUGACUCCGUCAUGGGACGACGCCAUUUCAUAAAGCAUCCGAACAACGUAUCCAGCAUCCUUUGGUACUGGGCAACAAUCAUCAUUCAUGACCUGUUCUGGACAGAUCGUGACAACCCGAAUAUCUCAAAGACCUCUGCUUAUCUUGACCUCUCUCCCCUGUACGGUAGCAACCAGGAGAUGCAAGACUCGGUUCGGACAAAGAGGGAUGGCAUGCUUAAGCCCGACAGUUUUGCCGACAAGCGACUCAAUGGCAUGCCCCCAGGUGUAUGUGUCUUACUGAUUAUGUUCAACCGUUUCCACAACCAUGUUGCGGAGAACCUUGCUGCUAUUAACGAAGGCGGAAGGUUUACACGACCAGCCGCAGGCGAUGUAGAGGCGGAGAAAGAGUUCGACGAAGAAUUGUUCCAGACAGCACGACUGGUCACUUGCGGUCUGUACAUUAACAUUACUCUUGUUGACUAUGUCCGAAACAUUGUCAAUCUUAACCGCACUAAUACGACAUGGACACUUGAUCCGCGACAGGAGGCCGGACUCAACGCCGGAACUCCCGACGGUGCCGAAUCCGGCACUGGCAAUGUCAACUCAGCUGAGUUCAACCUUUGCUACCGAUGGCACUCUUGCAUCUCAGAAAAAGACGACAAAUGGAUCCAACAGGCCUACGGAGACAAGCUCAGAAGUCUUGAAUCAAAGGAAAAGCUCGACUACAUGGCCAAACAGCUCGAGAAACAGAUCGAAGCAGACCCCGGUAAGCGUGAGUUUGGGGGCUACAAGAGAAACAAAGAUGGCACGUUCAACGAUGACGACUUGGUCGCAUGCAUCAGUUCGGCCAUCGAAGAUUGCGCCGGUUCGUUCGGCGCUCGCAAUGUGCCUCAGUCGAUGAGAAGCGUGGAGAUCAUGGGUAUUAUUCAAGCUCGUAACUGGAAUGUUGCGGGUCUGAACGAGUUCCGCAAGCAUUUUGGCCUCAAGCCUUACGAGAAGUUUGAGGAUAUCAAUUCGGACCGUGAAGUAUCCGAGCACCUCAGACAUCUGUACCAGCACCCUGAUAACGUUGAACUCUACCCUGGCCUUGUUGCCGAGGAGGCCAAGAGCCCAAUGACCCCAGGUGUGGGUAUUGCGCCUACAUAUACCAUUUCCCGUGUGGUCUUGUCCGACGCAGUCUGCCUUGUCCGAGGUGACAGAUACUAUACAAUCGACUACAACCCCCGCCAUUUGACAAACUGGGGUUACAAGGAAGUCGAGUACGAUCUCAAUGUUAACCAUGGCUGCGUAUUCUAUAAGCUCUUCCUGAGGGCGUUCCCCAACCACUUCAAGGGCAACUCAGUUUACGCUCAUUACCCUAUGGUCAUCCCGUCUGAGAACCAAAAAAUUCUCCACGACCUAGGAAGAUACGAGCAGUUUGAUUACUCGAAACCACAACGGAUGCCCAAGCGCGUCAACAUCCAAUCCUACAGAGGUGCCCAACAUGUUCUGAACAGCAAGGACAAGUACAGAGUUAUUUGGAACGAAGGACUUGAGUACCUCAUGGCUCAGAACGGCAAAUCUUCCAAGCUGCCAGAGGACGACCACGGCCACAAGGCGCUGAUAGAGCGCGUGGACGCUCAACUGUACAAGGGUGACUGGAGCGUCAACAUUAAGAAUUUCUAUGCCAAUAUGACGGAACAGCUGCUCAGGGAAAAGUCAUACCAGCUUGGCGCCCAGACCGCUAAGCAAACUCAUGUCGACCUUGUUCGUGACGUUGGAAACCUUGUACACGUCCACUUUGCCUCCCAGGUGUUCAACCUGCCCUUGAAGACGAGCAAGAACCGCAAGGGAGUUUACUCCGAACACGAGAUGUAUCAGAUUCUGGCUGCCCUCUUUGACUGUAUUUUCUUCAACGUCGACCAGGUCAAGUCCUUCCCACUCAGGCAGGAGGCCAAGAGGGUGGCGACAGAGCUCGGCAAGGUGAUUGAGAGGAAUGUGAAGCUCACUACCACAAUCGGCUACAGGGGCUUCUUCAGCGGUUCCGUGGACAAGCGAGACCCCCUCGCGGCUUACGGAACCAACAUGAUCAAGGGUUUGUCCAAGACAGGUCUAAACGCUCACGACAUUACCUGGGGCCAUGUCCUGCCAACAGCCGGUGCAAUGGUACCGAACCAAGCCCAAGUGUUUGCUCAGGCUGUUGACUACUAUCUUGACCACCCGGAGCUCGUCAAGAAGAUUCAUGAAGUCGCCCUGUCCCCUUCGGGCAAGGACAACGAUGCUCUGCUUCUUGGGUAUGCCAUGGAAGGUAUCCGAUUGUCAGGAGCCUACGGUUCUUACCGCGUUGCUACCACAAGCGAAACCAUCAUGGACGAGGUUAUUGACAAGAACGGUGAAACUGUGAGCCGAGAGGUUGAUAUUGACCGAGGCGACAGGGUCUUCGUCAGCUUUACUGGCUCCGCUGCCAGAGACCCGGUGCACUUCCCGUCGCCGCUUGAGGUUGACCCUCGGAGACCUUUGGACAAAUACAUCCACUACGGACUUGGUCCGCACGCCUGCUUGGGUGAUGAAGCAAGCAAGGUCGCCAUCAUCGAGAUGUUCAGAGCUGUUUUCCGGAGGAAGAACUUGCGACGCGUUCCAGGACCUCAGGGCAAACUGAGCAAGGUGAAGAGAGAGGGUGGUGUUUACCAAUACCUGACGGAGGAUUGGGGCAAGAUUGGACCUUUCCCUGCAAGCAUGAAAGUCAUGUGGGAUAAUUAG